AUGCCUGGAGCUUCUAUUGAAAACAUCAUCAUACCCCUAGGGGGGCCCCCAGGGGGGCCCCCAGGGGGCCCCCCUACAGAAGAGAUGCUGUCUGUACACCGGAAUUUAAAGCAGCAGAUCAAUAUAACAUUUGAUAACAAUGAAAGCGCAUUAGGGCCUCAGCUGCAGCACCAACAGCACCAGCAACAACGGGAGCAGCAAAUGCAGCAGCAAAUGCAGCAGCAGCCGCAGCAGAAUUUGCUGCAGCAGCAGCAGAAGCAACAGCAGCAGCAGCAGCAGCAGCAGCAUGAAAUGCUUUAUACUGUCUUCAACAAUUCUACUUUGGGCCCUAGGGACCUUGGAUGGGCUUGUCUGACUCUCCUGCAGCAACUCGAUGCUGCUGCGGCUGCUGCUCCGCCUGAUGCUGCUGCUGCUGCUGCUGCUGCUGCUGCUCAGCCGUUGUAUGGAUCCCCCCAUCAGGCCUCAGAUGAGAAGGAAGAGGCCCUUCUCGAUCUCUUUACUCCUGCAGAUUGCUGCUGCCAGUGCAGCCCCGUCAUCAACAGCAACGGCAGCAACAGCAGCAGCAGCAACAGCAGCAGCAGCAACAGCAGCAGCAGCAGCAGCUUAUCGGUACGUUUGCCUGCUUGGCGACUGUUAGAGACACUUCGGGCCUUUCUUCUGCUGUGGAGACUCCGAGGCCCUGACCAAGCCUCCACCUUCAGCAGCAGCAGCAGCAGCAGCAGCAGCCGCAGCAGCAGCAGCAGCAGCAGCAGCAGCAGCAGCAGCAGCAGGGGAAUGGCGAUUGUCUGUAAAAUCUUGCGGCGUUUUCUUUUUGAGAAUUGCGCAGUUGAAGCUCUGAUUCUGGGCAGCAGUAGCAGCAGCAGCAAGAACAGCAACAGCAGCAGCAACAGCAGCAGCAACGAUUAUUCCUGCAGCUGCGACGGGUGCAAGCGUGCAGCAGCAGCAGCAGCAGGAGUAGCAGCAGCAGCAGAUGCCUCGUCUGCUGCUGCUGUCAUGCGGCAGCUGCUGACUCUUGCGGAUUUAUGUGCAGCAGCAAAUGCUUUGGGGGCCCCGCAGCAAGUCGGGGGGCCCCCACCCUUAGACUUUGGGGGCCCCCAGCUGCAGCUGCGGGUUGCUGCUGCCCUAGCAGAGGCAUGGAGAAGGCAUGCGGCUUCCUUGCAGCAGCAGCAGCAGCAGCAGCAGCAGAGACAAGAGGAGGAGGAGAAGGAGCAGCAGCAAAAGCAGCUGCAGCAGCAGCAAGAGUGGUUGCGGGGGGCCUCUGGGGCCCCCCUCUCGAAGGCUGUCUUUCAAACCCUAAGCGCUUUCUUCUCUCUGUCAAUGCAACAGGGGCCCCAUAGGGGGGCCCCCCUGGAGGGGCCCCCUUUGUAUGCUUUGAAUCCUCUUGGAGUGUGCGGGUUGGAGGCGUGGCGGUGCCUGAGGGCAGCAGUUGCUGCUGUUGCAGGGGCCCCCGGGGGGGCCCCCCUGUUGAUUCGUUAUGCAGGGAAGUUCGUAGGUAAAGGAGGUGCUGCUGCGUUUGGGUUUGCUGCUGCUGCUGCACUUAUUGAUAUACUAGGGGGCUUCUGUCCCCUUAAAGGGCCCCUCAGCAGCAGCAAGGAUGCAGAUAAAGCAGCAGCAACAGAUGCAGCAGCAGCAGCAGCAGAUGCAGCAGCACACACCCCAUCCUGCAAAGGAGACACCUGCCCCGCUUGUCGACUUCCUGAUGUUUUGCGAGUGCAGCAGCAGCUGCAGCAACAGCAGCAGCAGCAGCAGCAGAGGGUGCUGCGUGAGGUGUACAGGCAGCUGCUACAUGCGCUGCUGCUGCAAUGGUGCAGCGAACGGGAGCAGCAGCUGCUGUCGCUAGAGCAGCAAGUCGCCCUCACAUUUUGUUUGCUGCGCUUCUUGCUGCACACAGCAGCAGCAAAAGCAGCAGCAAAAGCAGCAGCAAAAGCACCAAACCCAGCAGCAGCAGCAGCAGCAGCAGAAGCAGCAGCAGCAGCAGCAAGUUUUUCUUUAGGAGACUGGGAAGCGGGGCAGCUAAUGGAAGGUAUUCACAUGUGUCUCCUAUCUGCUGAGGAGACACUCCGUUGCUGCGGCAUGGCAGCAGCAGAAGGGUUUGCUGCUGCAGCACUUGGUGCUGGGGAGGGCCCCCCUAAGGGUAGCGGCUUUGCUGCAGGGGCCCCCACGGCUGGGGCCUUUGAUAUAAACACCGCAGCAGCAGCAGAUGAAGAUGAGGGGCCCCUUGUCUUUAGGGCCCUCACAGACAAGCAGCUGCUGCUGCGCUGCCCCCAGCUGCUGCCUCUCCUUCAUGUGCUGCAGCCUCAGGAGGCCUCUAAUAAAACUUCACAAGGGGGCCCCCCUGGGGGCCCCUGGAAGGGGCCCCUUAGGGGCCCCCUGGGGGGCCCCUGGGGGGGCCCCUGGGCGGUGUACAGGCUGCACCCCUUCCUCGUUAAUGCUCAGAGUGUGCAGCAAGCAGAAGCAGCAGCAACAGCAGCAACAGCAGCAACAGCAGCAACAACAGCAGCAGCAGCUUCAGCACUCCCCCUAUCAAAGGAGUUCGAAGCCUUAGGGGGCCCUGCUUGGCUUCAUCUGCUGGCAGCUCUCCGCUUCAGCCUUUCAGGGGGCCCCCAUAACAAUGAGGAUGGGGGGCCCCAGGGGGCCCCCCCCCAGGAUGAAGGUCCCCAAGGGGGGCCCCCCAUAGGGGCCCCCAUAGGGGCCCCCCUAGGGGGCGCUAAAGAUGAAGAGACAGCAGCAGAAAGCGGGUGUGUGCAUAUUGAAUUAGAAUGUGAAGAGGAGUCUGGAAAGGAGACAGAAAAAGAGACAGAUGAAGAGACAGAUGAAGAGACAGAUGAAGAUGAAGUUAGGCUCGCGCAGCUACCCGACCUGCAACCCUUACCGACUGCUGCAAUGCAGCAAGGGGGCCCCCAUGAGGGGCCCCCAGGGGGCCCCCUGGGGGCCCCUCAUGGGGGCCCCCAGUCUCUUCGUCAGGCCCUCGAGUGGUUGAGUGGGUCCUGCACAUUAGGAGACCGAUGUAGCCCCGGUGCUGCAGCAGCAGCAGCAGCAGCAGCAACAGCAGCAGAUCCUUCUCGCAAAGGCCCUUUAGCAGCAGCAAGAAAGGAGACAAACCCCUGCAAGCAGCUGAGGAGACAGGUAGCAGCAGCACAAGCAGUAGUGCGUCUUUCAGUCAGUGAGGUUCAGCGGUGUCUCGCAGCAAAUCCUUUGGGGCCCCUCGUGGGGGGCCCCCAGGGGGCCCCCGGAGCUGUCUCCUUGGGGGUGUCUCCUUCUGCAGGAUUUGUAACGAAUCAGAUGGAGACAGCUGUGGCUUUGCCGCUGCUGCAUGCAAUUUUGGGGCUGGAUUGCUCGCUGCAGCCAGAGUUGCUGCAGCCGCUAGUUGCUGCUGCUGCUGCUGCAGUGUUUGCUGCUUUUUUCCCGCUGCUGCUGCAGCAAGUGGCACCCCUCUUGCUGCAGCAGCAAACCAGCGUCACUCAGAAACUGCUGCUGCUGCAGGCGCUGCAGCGAGCUGUUCGCUGGCUGAGAGCGGGGGCCCCCCCGGAUGCAGGGGCCCUCUAUACAGACAACCCCCAACCAAAGAAGGCAGCAAAACGCAUGCAGCUGCAGCAGCUGCAGCUGCAGCAGGAUGUAACUCGGGCCCCUGAUCCGCUGCAGCACGGGACUGACGGCCAUCAACAGCAACUGCAACAGCAACAGCAGCAGGAGCAGCAGCAGCAACAGCAACAGCAACUGCAACAGCAACAGCAGCAGCAGCAGCAGCAACAGCAGCAGCAGCAGCAGCAAAAGCGUUUUUUAAGUGAAGUUCGUGUGCGUCGCUUCGCUCGUUCUUCUGUGUCUCCUCGCGGAGACAUUAAUUUGUUCUCGCCUUACUUAGAGUUUGCUUUGGGGGCCCUUGAAAGCUGUUUGCUGCCCCCUUCACCUCCUCCCCCCCCUCUGUCUCCGCUGCAGCAGCAGCAACUGCUGCAGCAGCAGAGGGCCCACCUGCAGCUGCUAGAAGACUCUCUACUUGUUGCUGCUAUCUUGAUGGCUAUAGGGGAGAUCUUGAGGUCGGGGGGCCCCGGGGCCCCCGGGGGCCCCGCAAAGAGCUGCAGCAGGAGAGCAGCACAAUUAUAUUUAUAUUUUAAAUCUCACAAAGACAGAAACAUAAGAAGGGGGGCCCUCUGUGUCUUAGGAAGUGCAGCAGGGCUGGCUUCCUGGAGUCUCUUCUCUACUUGGUUGCAGGAGACAGAGACAGCUGCUGGAUUGGGGGCCCUAAAGGAGACAGGGGGCCCCCGGGGGCCCCCAGGGGCCUCCAUACCCAAGCUAACGGAAGCGUUUGAGACCCUCCCACUGCAGCAGCAUCAACUGCAGCAGCGGCAGCAGGAUGGUUUAUUGUUGCUGGAGACAGCAAAAGGGGGGUUUGAGUGCAUAGCAGAGAGCCUCGCUGCAACAGCAAAAGGAGACAGGUUGGUGGUCUGGGGCCCCCUUGGGCGGUUCUACAGCUCUGGGGCCCCCGGUCUGUGCACGGGUUUUCGAGAUUGGUUUGCAAAGAUGAAGGCCCUCAUCCUGGUGGGGGGGUAUGGGACCCGCCUCAGACCCCUAACUCUUUCUGUUCCUAAACCCCUUAUUCACUUCUGCAACCGCUCUAUUAUUGAAUAUCAAAUCGCUUCUUUCAAACGCGUAGGCGUUAGUCAUCUUAUUCUUGCCGUUGCUUAUCAGCCCCAGGCCCUGAUGGAGGCUCUGCAUGAACUGGAGGCCAAGUACGGGUUAAAGAUAAGUUGUUCAAAAGAAGAAGAACCCCUCGGCACUGCGGGGCCGAUAAGGUUGGCUGAGGGUUUGCUGCAGCAAAAGGAAGAAGACCCAGCAGCAGCAGCAGCAGCAGCAGCAACAGCAGCAGCAGCAACAACAGCAGCAGCAACAGCAGCAGCAGCAACAGCAGCAGGAGCACCAGUGCGUGAAGCAGCAGCUGCAGGAGCAGCAGCAGGAACAGCAGCAGCAGCUGCAGCAGGGGCAGCACGCGUAACAGCAGCAGCACCACCAGCAACAGCAACAGCAGCAGCAGCACCAGCAACAGCAGCAGCAGCAGCAGCACCAGCAGCAGCAGCAGCAACAAGCAUUGGUCUUGAUGAUGAAUGCUUUUUUGUUUGUAACAGCGACAUUAUCUGCUCCUUUCCGCUCGAAGAUAUGUACAAGUUUCACAAACAAACAAAAGCAGAAGCCACCAUCCUUGUAACGCGCACCUCUGAGCCUUCAAAGUUUGGAGUUGUACUUCACUCAGCUGAGGGGCAGGUGAAGAAAUUCGUAGAAAAACCAAAAGAGGCUGACAUUGGACAGCCAAAGGAUUUUCUUCAUGGAAUGUCUCUUUACCUCGAAGCACUACGAAGCAGCAAACUUGCUAAAUCAAGGGGCCCCUCUGAGGGCCCCUCUGGGGGCCCCUCUGGGGGCCCCUCUGGGGGCCCCCCUUAUGGAGGGGCCCCCGUGAAGAGGGAAGAGGGGGCCCUUGAUAUGAUGGCUUUAAAGAAUGGGGGGGGGCUGUUGGAGUGUAUAGGGGGCCCCCGAGAGGGUACAGGGGGGCCCCUAGAAGAUAUAGGGGGACCCCUAGAGGAUAUAGGGGGCCCCCAAGAGGGUCUAGGGGGCCCCCAAGAGGGUAUAGGGGGCCCCCAUCCUGGUAUCGCUUGCUUGCCGUCUCAAGAACUGUCUCUUGUUGAGGGCCCCCAGUUCAUUGGAAAUGUUCUCGUGGAUAGAACAGCAUCAAUAGGCGAAGGGUGUAUAUUAGGCCCGAACGUAUCUGUGGGGCGGGGUGUCUCCAUCGGCAGAGGCUGCAGACUACAGAAUACAGCCGUCAUGGAAGGGGUCAAGAUCGACGACUUCGCGUGGAUUGAGUCCUCUAUUCUAGGCUGGAAGUCGCUAAUAGGCAAAUGGGUAUCCACUUUCACGCCUAGCUAG